GACAGCGUUGUACAUUCAGACGCUUGAAAUGGCUAAUCUCUUGGCAUAAUUGGCGCUGAAUUCGGGCAACUUUAAGCUGCAGAGUGCUGCGUCUGGGCUGGUGCUCGAUAUGGCCAUGCGGUGAGAGAUUCUGCAGCUGAUAGUCGCGCAGGCCCAGGGAAGUUCAACAGCAAAGGAGAAGGAGGGUCGAUUGAGGACAGUUGUGUUGCUGCAGGUGCUAGUCAUGAUGCUGCAGCAGAUCGGCAGGGUGGUUUGGGCCGGAGACAUCGAGGCGCUGGUAGAGGCUAUGUGCGCGCCCAGGGAGAAAGAAGUGGUGAUGUGGGCAGCCACCACGCUGCUCGGGUUGCUAGACACAUCAGACGCGGCAGUAUCCAAGCGGCACAUGCGGCAGGCAGGUGGCUGCAGGUUUCUUGAGGUGUUCAGCAAAACACUUCUGCAGUCAGCCAAUAUCUUGGCUCAAGGCAGCAGCAAGCAGAGGCAGAAAUCAAACACCAUGCUUGUGUUGGUAUGUGCAGCCAUGGCAAAGCAGUUUGCGUUGUGCACUGAGUACCACUGGGGGAUGAUCGACCUGGCGUUUCUGCCUGCAUUGCUCGGUGUCGCACGCCAGCCAAUGUCUGAGCUUGAGCUUUUGCGCAUGCCGGUCGAGAGUCUCGUGCGGCUGUGUACUUUUCUCACAGCAUAUCGGCUGGCAGCAGCAGAGGAAAAUGCAAUGGAGAUGGCAAAUCCACAGAUGGUGCAGCUGCUGAAGCUGGGCGCUGUCGAUGUCAUCACUGCGUGUGUCCGCCAGGAUGACCAGGGCAUGUCCCCAUGGGGCAUUGGGUUUCUGCAUGAGUUCGUGUCGCGAAUUGUCAGCAAUGAGACAGCUAUUUUUAAGCGUGUCAAUAUAUUUUAUUUCAAUUAUAACUAAACUGAAACCAAAAACGACUAGUUUUUUGCGUCCGCAAGGACUUAUUAUAAGCCUUGCGCGAAACAACAAAUAUUCGCCUAGGGGGUGAUUGGCUACCUUCAAUGAUUACGUGACACAGU